AAGUAAUUACAAGUGUUUUAGACAAUGGUAACAAUGUAAAUGUGAUGUCAUCAUUUCCCGUGACAAUAGCCGGUUAUACCGACUGAUUAACAGAUGAGAACAGUUGGUUACUUGUUGAGAAAUGAGAACAGUUUAUCGUGACAUGUUUGCUAGUGAGCGCGUGAAUAUUCAUUAGUUUAAAUUAAAAACCAUCCGUAGAAGGCCAACAUAAUUUAUCUUUAAUAUUAAAAAAAUGGCGUUGAAACGAGUUCUAAUUGUGAAUAAAUCAUUUCCUGAAAUUGGAUUGGAGUUACUUAAAAAGAAAGUAGAACCUAUAGUUGUCCCUCAUUUAGACUACGAACCAGAGAGCUUGCCGGCGAUUAAGAAAGCUAUAAAAGGCUGCGACGCUAUCAUUUGGAACACAAAACAUCAGCUUACUGGGGAUAUACUGGAUUUAGCAGGUCCCCAAUUAAAAGCUAUUUCCACAAUGUCAUCUGGUACUGACCACAUAAACCUUGAAGAUGUGUUCACACGCGGCCUAUUGCUAGGAAACACGCCACACGUGCUAGACAACUGCGUUGCAGAUAUCGCUGUCGGUCUGCUCAUAGCCGCUGCUAGAAGAUUCAAAGAAGGCGUAGAUGAAAUUAUGAGCGGUGAAUGGAAGUACGGCGUGCAAUGGUCCCUCGGGCAGGAUAUUACCGGCAGCACUGUCGGUGUCGUAGGACUCGGUGGUAUUGGACAAGCUAUGGUGAGGAGGCUGAAAGGCUUUGAUGUAGCACGCUUUCUUUAUUCGGGACGUAGCGAAAAACCUGAAGCAAAGAACCUGGGUGCAUUGCGAGUUCCAUUAGAGCAGUUGCUAAGAGAGAGCGACUUCGUGCUUCUCUCCUGUCCGCUGACUGAUGAGACCAGACACAUGAUUAAUGCGAACACGUUAAAGUUAAUGAAGAGAAACGCCGUUCUCGUUAAUAUUGGAAGAGGAGGUCUCGUUGAUCAAGAAGCAUUAUACAACGCACUCAAGCACGGUGAAAUAUUUUCUGCGGGUCUGGAUGUUGUCACUCCUGAGCCGCUGCCUAAAGACCACCCUCUUCUUACACUUCCAAAUUGCUUCAUAGUGCCGCAUUUGGGCAGUGCAACAAUUGCCACGAGGAAUGCAAUGGCAACAAUAUCAGCUAACAACGUUAUGCACGCGCUACAAGGACAACCAAUGAUGUAUCCAGUGUAUAAGACAUAACCUAAAAAUUAUUCAUCGAAGUUUUUAUUAACUACUCGUAGAUUCUA